AUCGUGACAAAGAAACAGCCUCUAUUUUAUUGGAAAGUUACCGAAAGUAACUGAGAAGGGAUUUCAGCACAUAAGAAGGCCUCAAAUUUUAUAAUAUCCACGUUUAUGAACGCGGCUGCGUUGACCGAAGACAGUUCUUCCAACCUUAUUUGACAGCAGCAGACGACAGUUCUACACUUGUCAGAUAAGGGCUUGUUUGGAGGUUAUGUUGUGACAAUUUAUAAAAGUGUAUCAGAAAUCACCUGAUUUACCACUAAUCCUUUAAGAGGUCUGGUGAAAAAAAAUCGGUAACAAUGGAAAACAAGGAAUUUAUUCAGAAAUCCAUUUUGCACACUGGAACAAAAUUUGUGAAUUUUUCACCAGGUACCAAGGUUCGAUUUCACUUUAAAACAACCAGGUGUAAUGAAGAAAAAACUGUUGUCGACGACAGCAGGGUGAUGGGCGAGCCUAUGGAACUUGUGCUUGGCAAAAAAUUCAAACUUGAAGUUUGGGAAGUGAUUGUACAAAAAAUGGCUCUGAAGGAAAUUGCCAGAUUCAGAGUCGACAAGAGCCUUGUCACGCCAUAUCCAUUUGUAUCGAAAACAUUGAGAGAGGUGGGUAAACCACUUUCGGAAAAACGAAGUCAUCACUGCUGCGGUGUGAUGUUACAAAACGAGGGUAUUGGAUACGACGAUUUGAACGAUCUUAUUAAGAACCCGCAGGAUUUGGAGUUUACGAUUGAAUUAUUAGAUGUUGUAUCACCAUCUGAUUAUGAAAAGGAAACUUGGCAGAUGACGGAAGAUGAAAAACUAAACAGUAUACCGACUCUUAGAGAAAAGGGUAACACCCAAUUCAAGGAGGAAAAUUACAAAGCUGCAUCGGAUACUUAUGCAACAGCAAUCGGUAUGCUGGAACAGUUGAUGUUGAAGGAAAAACCAAACGACGAAGAAUGGCUCGAAUUGCAGAAAAUGAAAGUGCCACUUCUCCUUAAUUUUGCACAAUGCAAAUUGUUAAAUAAAGAGUAUUAUGCUGUGAUUGAACACUGUACUACCGUACUCAAAUCGGAGCCAGACAAUGUGAAGGCACUUUAUCGUCGCGGAAAGGCGCAUAUCGGAGUGUGGAAUGAAAAAGAAGCUAAGGAAGACCUUGAACGUGCAGCUGAGUUGAAUCCAGCCCUACGAACAGUUGUUGACAAAGAAUUAAGCAAUUUCCAAACGGCUAUUAAAGAGAAAGAUAAGUUGGAAAAAAACAAGCUUGCACAAAUAUUCGCGAGCUAAAUGAGUUGGUGGAAGAUAUUUUAACAGUAAAGAACCUGAAUCUGAUCCCAGCUCAUCCUUCCUCUAUUCUUUAAUCUGAGCAAAAAAAUCCUCAGAGAAGAAGCCCGUUUAAACUUGGACACGCUUUACACCCCAUAUGACCAUCUUUUUACUACAUUUGUACCUGGAUAGAUGAUAUCUGUAAUUUUAUGUUGAAUAUUCUAGGAUGCAAUUAUCUAUGUGUAUAAUUAAUAAAAAAAACUUGAA